AUGAAAACACAUAUUACUACUUAUUUAUAUAUAUAUAUAAUCUUUCUCAUUCUUAAAAUAAAAUAUAACUCAGCAAAUGAGACAUGUGAUAAUUGGGGGCCAUGGGGCCCAUGUAGUAAUCAAAUUACUACUAGAACCUGUUUGACUAAUACAUCUUUAAUAGAAAAAGAAAACUGUUCACAAUGUAAGGAAUGGAGUGAAUGGUUAGAAUGUAAAGAUGGAAAAAGAAGUAGACAUAUUAUUAAUUGCCCUUUUAUUAUUGAAACUCAAGAUUGUAUAACAGAUAUAAAUGGAGAAAUCGUAUAUAAAAAUAAACGAGUUAUUUUUGAUAAUCCUGAUUCUGAAAAUAAACAAGGAAAAUAUAAUAGUAACGAAAGUACUAUAAAACCUCAUUUUUUACAAUCUCAAGAUAAUUCACAACCAGUCUUGAUCCAAGCAUCCGAACAAAAGGCCCCAAAUAACCAGGAAGGAGGAACAGUUAGUGUUUCUACACCUUCUUCUCCAGAUACUAGCACUGAUACCAGUACAGGUUCUUCUAAUGUUGCAGCUUCUUCUCAAAGUGUAGGUUCUUCUCAAUCUGUAGCUUCUUCUCAAGCUGUAGACUCUUCUCAAGGUGUAAGUCAAGUCGGCAAAGGCGUAGAUAAUUCCCAAAACCCCAAGCAAGAAGGUGAGGGGUCAGAAAAAGCGAACACAGAAUCUCAAGAGAAAAGUCCAAUUGCCCCUGCUGAAGGACAAAAAGUUGAAGGACAAAAAGCUGAAGGAAAAAUUGAAGAAACAGUUGAAGGAAAAGUUGAAGAAGCUAGCCCCAAAUCCGCUACUGACAAAGGAGUUUCUGGGGAUGGUGUAAAUGAAACAGAUGCUAGUAGGGCCGAUGCUAGUGGAGCAAAUGCUAGUGGGACAGUUGCUAGUGAGGCAGUUGCUAGUGAGACAGUUGCUAGUGGGACAGUUGCUAGUGGGGAAGUUGUUGCGAAAGAAGGUACAUCAGAUGACAAUGCAGCGGGUGUAAGUAAGGAAAAAGAUUCGAAAGUAGAAAAUGGAGGGUCAGAAGAACCUUCAAAACAAAAUUUACCAGAAGGAGUUUUACAAGUUAAUCCACCCGUAAAACAACCACCAGAAGCUUCAAGAAAUGGUGAGGCAGCCAAUAAUUUGGUAGAUACUGGAAAUGAUGAUAGCACAAUGAGAUCUAGUAUAAAUCAGAUAGCAUCAAAAAUUAAUAACAACGAAAUGCCUUCUCCUAAUUUAGCAAUGGGCAAUACAGGAAUAAAUAAUAUGGAUGAUAGAAAUAGUAAUUUAAAUUCAAUGGGUAUAUAUAAUUGUCAUAACUCUAGUAUGAAUCCACAUCGUGGUGAAUCGUUGAGUAGAAGUUCUAAAUUUAGUGGACUUAGAAGUGCCACUCCAUCAAAUUGUUAUGGGCCUGAAGGAUCAUAUAAAGAUGUAAAUCAUAUGAAUAAUCCAAAUAACAUAUAUGGGAACUCUCAUAGAUCAAAUUUAAGAAAUGAUUCAAGUGAUGAAAACCCUUUUGAAUAUAAUAACGAAAACAAUAGAUAUGAUAGUUAUAGCACAAAUGAACCACCUGAAUCACACGAAUCAUUUGAGUCGAAUGGGUACGAAGAAGAAGAUUAUCAUAAUAGAGGUAGCAGAUCACAAUAUAAUAAUUCCAGAGGAUAUGAUCAUUUUAAUAAAUUAUAUGUAGCUAGUGGUAUGGGAUUAGUUAUUAUUUUAAGUGGUGCAAUAGCUAGCUAUGCUUUAUACAAUGAAAAAAAUAAACAAAGUGGCGAAUCUAUAUUUAACAGUGGAUUUGCUGAUAUUCCAGCAAGUAAAAUGAUCCAUGAAGAUGAAUUUUGGGGCACUGAGUAA